AUGCAUUUCAGUGAAGAAAAGGACUGGAAGAAAAAAGUCGGUUUCCCAAUUAACUAUGAUUCCGGCCAGAGUUCCGAUGAUGAUUUUGAGUCCCGCGGCGUAGUGGUGCGGCACCCGCGGCGCUCUGCGGACUCCCUGCUGGCGGACGCCGGCGACGGUGCGGAGGCCGACCUGCUCGGCUCCACGCCGCCGCGCGCCCGCAUCCGCGACAAGGAGAAGAGGAGGUGCGUCGCCAGUCACCACCACCUUCUUAAGACAUAA